AUGCGUCUCUCCAGCCUCUCGCUCUUCGUCCAGGCUCUGCUGUUGACUGCGGUCGCAGCCCAGAGUGGGAUUGUUUCCAAUGUCGUGUCGGAUCUCACAACUGAGUCCACUUCAUCCACCUCUGAUGCCCCGAAAACAACAUCGACCGCUGAAUCAACUUCCACAACCUCGGAAGAGACUUCUACAACGGACCCAACUACUUCCGCCGAGCCUACUAGCACCCCGACUUCUACCACCUCCACCGAGAGUACCACUAGCGCUGAUCCUACCACUUCGACCACUUCGACCACUGCUCCUACGGCUGAUCCUACCACCGAUUCUACCACCGCUCCUACUACCGCUGCUACCACCUCAGCAGAGCCCUCCUCCACAGCGGAGGCUACCGUCCCUUCAACCACUUCCACCGCUGAUUCCACCUCCACGUCGAGUACUGGAGGCGAUAGCACCACUUCUCAGAGCACCACUACCACCCAGACCCCGGUCGUGAAGACCAUCACCUCCUACGCGACCAGCGAUGGAUCCACCAUCGCCAAUGUAGUGACCACCACUUCCACCCCCGUUGCUUCUCCCUCUCUUAACGGCGACAAGAGCUCCGGCUCUAGCGGUGUGUCUGCUUCGGACAAGAAGAUCAUCAUCGGUGUCGUGGUGGGUGUCGGCGGUGCCAUCCUGAUCGGUGCCCUGGGCUUGGUCUUCUGGAGAAUCCACAAGAAGCGCAAUGAGCGCUACGGCGAUGAGGACGAUCUGAUGGGUGGCACCGCUGUGGGCUCCGGUCCCCGCGAAAAGGCCCCCAGCCCAGCCGGCAACACCCCCUUCAAGAACACACUAGACCAGUACCACAACCCUGGUCCCGUCAACGCGGCGUCUAACUUCUAG